GCCGUCCGCUUCCGGCCAGGCCCGCCGCUGCUGCCGCCUGCUUCGGUGUUUCCUUCGGCGAGCGUCCCGGCCGGCUGCCCUUCCCGUGUAGCUCCCACCGCCGCCUGACCCGGGGUCCCCCGACACCCUUCCGGGCGAGCGCGGCCUUAUGUCCGGGGCCCAGCGCUUUCGGUUCCGGGAUGAGUCUGGCCCCGGAGCUGACAGGGACGUGCUGGAGGUCCGCGUCCCGCAGGUUCUACACGUGCAGUAUGGAAUGUAUGUUUGGCCCUGUGCAGUAGUCUUGGCCCAAUACCUGUGGUUCCACAGAAGAUCUCUGCCAGGCAAAGCUGUGUUAGAGAUUGGAGCUGGAGUGAGCCUUCCAGGGAUUUUGGCUGCAAAAUGUGGUGCUGAAGUGAUAUUGUCUGACAGCCCUGAGUUUCCUCACUGUCUGGAUAUGUGUUGGCAAAGUUGCCAGAUGAAUAACCUGCCACAGGUGCAAGUUGUAGGCCUUACCUGGGGCCACAUAUCAAAGGACCUGCUGUCUCUGCCACCACAAGACAUCAUUCUUGCAUCUGAUGUCUUCUUCGAACCAGAAGAUUUUGAAAACAUUUUAGCCACAGUAUAUUUUCUGAUGCAGAAGAACCCCAAAGUUCAAUUUUGGUCUUCCUACCAAGUCAGAAGUGCUGACUGGUCACUUGAAGGCUUGCUCUACAAGUGGGAUAUGAAAUGUGUCCAUAUUCCCCUGGAGUCUUUUGAUGCAGACAAGGAAGACAUAGCAGAAUCUACUCUUCCAGGAAGACAUACUGUUGAAAUGCUGGUGAUCUCCUUUGCAAAGGACUGUUUCUGAAUUAAUUGUACCUCAAGCUGUUCUGGGGCAGUGUCAAGACUGAGUAACCUGCCAUUAAGAUGAGUUGUCUUCUUGAGCAAAUAAAUGCAGGCCCAAGACUGUGAUAUGCCUAGCACUAACACGGACAGCAUGUUUUAACAAAAUUAAAACUUGAAAACCA